CGGUGUCAGCCCAAAAUUAAAAACUAAUAGAGGUUAUGUUGUAAGUGUAAUAAAAAUACAAAAUAAAAACUACAAUGGCACCUUUAAAUUUCAAUUUAAAAGAACUAGACGAUAAAACUGUAGACGGAAUUGUGAAAUUUGUGUCUAUGGUAAGAAGUGGGAAAUUGCACGGAUCAAAAAAUAUUGCAAUAGCAACAGUGGAUCUUCUAGAACAAAUUAUCAGUGAUGCUGAGAACACCAAUGCUCUGGCGCUGAUCAGCAGAGUGCGCGCGGCGGGCCGGCGACUGGCCACGGCGCUGCCCGCCGAGCUCUCCGCGCACAACAUGGUGCGCCGCGUGCUGCGCGCCGUGCGCGACGAGCAGCGCGCGCUCGCCGACCAGAGCGUGGAAGGCGCAGGGGAGUCCCUCCAGCGGCUGGUGCUGGCCACGCCGCGCCGGCGCGCCACGUUCGGCCCCUCCGCCGCCGCGCAGGACCUGCGCGAGCCCAUCCGCGACCACAUCGCAGAGUUGCGUGCGGAGCUGGACGCCAGCACGUCGUCGAUCUGUUCGCAAGCCAAGGAACACGUGCACGCGGACGAGCUGCUGCUGACGUACGGCGCCUCCGGCCUGGUGGAGAGGUUCCUGCGCGCCUCCGCCACCAAGCGCUUCCGGCUGCUGCUGGCUGAGGGCACCGAGCUCGCUGAGAGUCACGCGAUGGCCUCCCGCUUGGCCGCGGCGGGCGUGUCGGUCACUGUCAUCAGCAGCGCUGCCGUGGGCGCGCUCAUGCCUCGAGUCAACAAGGUGGUGGUCGGAGCCCUAGGCGCGCUGUCGGGGGGCGGAGCGCUGGCGGCGGCAGGGCUCCUGGCCGUGACCACGGCGGCCGCGCACAGGGCUGUCUCCGUGAUCGUCCUGUCGCCGCUGUACAAGCUGUCUCCCUUGCACGCGUGCGACCGCCAUUUCACCUCUCUCGCUCCCGCGCACAAGGCGUUGCCCUACAUGAGCUCGGAGAGCGCGGUGGCGAGCGUGGUGUGCCCGCAGUACGACCUGGUGCCGCCCGACCACAUCACCCUGUUCAUCACCAACCUCGGAGGCAGCUCCCCGUCCUACAUCUACCGCUUGCUGUCAGAACUGUACGACCCGAUAGACUAUCAGGAGCGGGUUAACGAGCCCGACGGUGCGGCGCGGAUCGAUAAGUCGUGGAAUGGCGCAGAGAUGAGCCAAGGGGGCUCAAGACGUCCCUACUCCCGCGGGGGCCCUCGCUGGCACCCGCGGUACAAAGAUUACUGGGACUACGAACAAAACUACAGCGAUGGCAGCAGCGCCGGCAGCCCCAAGGAGGCGUGCGUGGCCAACUCGCCGCCGCCCGCGCCCGCUAAGCGUCACCCGCACCACCACGAGCAGCGGCGGAUGAGUGUGGGCGGAGGCGCCGGAGGAUCGCGUCGCGCCGAGCGACGGACCGCCGGACCAUCUGAACGCCGGAGAACAGAGAUGCGCGUCAGCCCUGGCGCCGGAGCGGGACCCUCGGCGGAGUCGCCGCACCACCACCACGCGCCUCACCAUCAUCACAUGGACACGAACCCCCUGGAAGGCGCAGCUCCCAUGGUGGAGUCGGUGGUGAGCGGCGCGGGCUCGUCGGACGGAGAGCUGUCCAGCAAGCCCGGCGACAGCCCCACCAGGAAGCGCAGGCGGAUCUCCAGGCAUCUGUCGUCUGGAGAGAGCAACGUGUCUGUCACCGCCCCUCCCGUAGAAAGGCGGACGCCCAGACACCAUUACCAACCACCCCGUCGCAUGCGGUACGUGAGCGGCAACGGCGCGGGCGUGUGGCACGAGCGGCUGCUGGAGCCGCACCCGGCGCACCCGGCGCACGCGCCGCACCCGCACCCGGCGCACCCGGCGCACCUGCCGCACGCGCACCACACGCCGCUGCUGCUCGACAUCAACCAGAUGUCGCUGCGAGGUGCGCGGCUGAGUGCGCUAGGCGGCGGCGUGGGCUGGCCGCACCCGCACGCGCCGCACCCGCACGCGCCGCACCCGCACGCGGCGCACCCGCACCCGGCGCACCCGCACGCGCACCCGCACCCGCACCCGCACCAGCACCCGCACCGCGACCACCCGACGAGGACUCAGAUGGGCGGUGUGUAUGCGGCGGGUCUGCAGUACCACGGCAGCUUCCCGCCCCCUCCGCCGCCUAGGGGGCCCUUCGCGUCGCCCCCCCAUCCGCACACCCACUAUAUCACCAACUCGCAAAGAGCGGAGGGGGGUCGGCUGGAGAUGUUGGGCAGCGGGGAGGGGACGCUGUCUCCCCUGCAGGCUGCGCCAGAUCUACACCACGCGCCUCUGUUACUGGCGACGGAGGCGCGCGGCGGCCUGGAGCUGAUGGCGCCGCACCACGCCAGGCAUGCGCUGUCGCAUCACCAUCACCGUCGUAACGGCGGCGGCGUGGGCGUGGGCGGCGGCGUGGGCGUCAACGUGGGCGUGGGCGUGGUGGGCGCCGGCUCGCGCGCCGCGCGCCCCUACGUGCGCGCCGCGCCGCGGUGGGCGACGCACCCGCACGCGCACGCAGUGCACCACAUACACGCACAGGGCGGCGGCGGACUGGUGUCGGCGGCUCUGCCGGCUCAACUGCACGUGGCGUCGCCGCUGUCGCUGCCUCCCCCACCGCCCACAUAUCAGGUGUUCCUCAACCUACUGGCGAUGUUCCCGCUGUCGCCGUACGCGGAGGCGCGCGACGAGGCCGGCGAGUCUCCCGAGACCGAGAACUACGAGGCGCUGCUGUCGCUCGCGGAGAGGCUGGGCGAGGCCAAGCCGCGGGGCCUGGCGCGGCACGAGAUUGACCUCCUGCCCUCCUACAAGUACUCCGAGCAGACGCACCAGGGCGAGCAGACGUCGUGCGUGGUGUGCAUGUGCGAGUUCGAGGCGCGCCAGACGCUGCGCGUGCUGCCGUGCGCGCACGAGUUCCACGCCAAGUGCGUCGACAAGUGGCUCAGGUCGAAUCGAACGUGUCCCAUAUGCAGAGGGAACGCGUCCGAGUACUUUAACAAUUCCGAGUGACUCGCGGGGGACUGUCACCCUUGCGCCGUACACAAUAAGGGCGGUCGCUUGUGACGCGAUCCGCUGGCACGGGACUUGGCUUGUAUGUAUGGAACUGUACGACGUAGUGGACUGUAAAUCAUUAUUAGACCAUUCAAAUGGCC